AGUCUGUUACAGGUGGCGUUAGUGAAAAUUGUCGUCUGUUAAAAUUUGGCAAUAUAGUUGUAAAAAUGAUGAAUUUAGGAUAUGUUUUUUUUGGAUUUCUUUCUUUAGCCUGUACAAUAAUACAGCUAAUAUCGUGGAAGAAUAGGAAAAAAACAAAUUCAAAUGCUAAUCCAAAUUUUGUAUCUUUUCAAAGGAGUUACCUUCUUGCAUACCUUCCAGCCGUUGUUGGAGAUUGGCUGCAGGGACCUUACUUGUAUGCUCUCUAUAGCCGAUAUGGAUUUACGGAAGAUCAAAUUGCUAUUAUUUAUGUGUCGGGUUUUGCUUCGACAGUCUUUCUUGGAACCUGGUUAACUGUUCUUUCGAAUAGAUAUUCCUCAAGGAAAGUUUUAAUGGUGACAACAGCAAUUUACGCAAUAUCCAGUCUGAUGAAGCUAUCAGUUAAUUACGGGGUUUUAAUAAUUGCACGAGCUCUUAGUGGUCUUACAACACCAAUCAUGUUCAGAACAUUCGAAAGGUGGUACUUCCAUCAACAUGUAGUAACAUAUGAUUUUCCAAAAGAAUGGAUAGCCUCAUCAAUGUCCAAAACUGCCGUAUUUAAUGGUCUUCUAGCCAUCAGCUCUGGUAUUAUUGCACAUGUGAUGGCCGAAUGGAUGGGAUAUGGUCCUGUUGCUCCUUAUAUUCUUGCUGCUCCAUUCUUAGCAGCUUCAACAUUUUUAAUUUUUUUCCAAUGGAACAUCCCCGAUGAAGCUACUGAUAACAGCCAAAGAAAAUUUUCAUUUUUACCUGCAAUACGCGAAUUAGCUGAGCAACCUGAAGUAUUAACUUUAGGUGUUCUAGAGGCUCUUUUCGAAAGUUCCAUGGCUAUUUUCGUGUUCGUCUGGACCCCUGUCCUGACUCCUCCUAGCCCAAGUUACGGUAUUAUUUUCUCAACAUUUAUGAUAUGCGUUCUAAUAGGAGGAGCUGUUUACGAAAUAUUAAAAAAACACAAAACACAAAAUAUUUUAAUAAUAAUAUCAAUUAGUACUAGCUGUAUUGGCUUUGCGAUUAGUGCGUUUUUCACAACACCAGAUCAUCCAGCAAGAUUCGGUACAUUCCUGGGAUUAUUAAUUGUUGAAAUAGGGGCAGGUAUUUAUUUUCCAUCCAUGAUGGAAUUAAGAAAACGAAUACUUCCUGAAAAACAUGUAGAAUUGUUAAGGGCUAUUUUUGGGGUGCCUUUGAAUCUCAUCGCAUGCCUUGCCCUAUGUUCAUUACAUAAUAAUACUUGGAAGCAGGGAAACAGGAUUUUGUUACUUAUAUCGUCAACUUUAUUAUUUACAGCCUUCUGUGUGGCUUUAAGACUGAAAGUUAAAUCUUCUAACUGCAACGAUGAAGUCGAAGAUGAGGCUUAA